CAACCCGCUAUAAAUACUACCACUCCACCCCCAUUAUAACGGCGUACAUUAGCAAACCAACAAAAAACACAUUAGCAAAACCAAACCCGCCAUCAUAGCAAUGGCAGCUUCACACUCAUUCUCCCCUUCAUCAACCCUAAUUUCAUCAAAAGCAACCUCUCUCUCCUCCUUAAAAUACAAACUCCCGAUCUCCAUCACCCUCCCCCGCCACCAACGCCGCCGUACGCCGGUGGUAUACGUGGUGGCGUCACUAGACGCCAAACCAACAGUCCUAGUAGCCGAAAAGCUAGGUCAAGCAGGUCUCGAUCUAUUAAAAACCUUUGCAAAUGUUGAUUGUUCGUACAACUUGACCCCUGAGGAACUCUGCACCAAGAUCUCGCUCUGUGACGCGUUGAUUGUACGGAGUGGGACUAAAGUGAACCGUGAGGUGUUUGAAUCGUCUGGUGGGAGACUCAAGGUGGUUGGACGGGCUGGUGUCGGGAUUGAUAAUGUGGAUCUGGGGGCUGCCACCGAGCAUGGGUGUCUUGUGGUUAAUGCGCCCACUGCUAAUACGGUUGCGGCUGCUGAGCAUGGGAUUGCGCUGCUUACUGCUAUGGCCAGGAAUGUUGCGCAGGCCGAUGCGUCUAUUAAAGCUGGAAAAUGGCAGAGGAACAAAUACGUGGGUGUGUCACUUGUUGGCAAGACUCUCGCUGUGAUAGGUUUCGGAAAGGUUGGAACAGAGGUUGCAAGACGAGCCAAGGGACUCGGUAUGCAUGUUAUCGCACAUGACCCUUAUGCACCAGCUGAUCGUGCACAUGCUAUCGGUGUUGACCUGGUCAGUUUUGAUGAAGCCAUCUCAACAGCCGACUUCCUCUCACUUCACAUGCCUCUCACUCCCGCUACAUCGAAAAUCUUGAACGAUGAAAACUUUGCAAAGAUGAAAAAAGGAGUUAGAAUAGUCAACGUUGCGCGUGGUGGAGUGAUCGAUGAAGACGCGUUAGUCAGAGCGCUUGAUGCAGGCAUUGUAGCUCAGGCUGCACUUGAUGUUUUCACUGUCGAGCCACCACCACAGGAUAGCAAGCUGAUACAUCAUGAAAACGUAACCGUUACUCCUCAUCUUGGUGCUAGUACCAUGGAAGCUCAGGAAGGAGUAGCUAUUGAAAUUGCUGAAGCUGUUGUUGGAGCUCUACAAGGUGAACUUGCUGCCACUGCGGUCAAUGCACCUAUGGUUCCCGCCGAGGUACUUACGGAGCUUAAGCCGUAUGUAACGCUCGCUGAAAAGCUCGGUCGAUUGGCGGUUCAACUAGUGGCCGGUGGAAGCGGUGUGAAAUCGGUUAAGGUCACAUACGCUUCAGCCAGAGCACCUGAUGAUCUAGACACUAGACUACUCCGAGCUAUGGUGACUAAAGGUCUAAUCGAGCCCAUUUCUAGUGUUUUUGUCAACUUGGUCAACGCAGAUUUCACAGCCAAACAACGCGGAGUCCGCAUCAGUGAAGAACGCGUGCUCUUAGACGGGUCACCUGAAAGCCCACUCGAGUCAAUCCAGGUCCAGAUCGCAAACGUCGAGUCAAGGUUUGCGAGUGCGAUAUCUGAGUCCGGGGAGGUGACGGUUGAAGGCAAGGUGAAAGACGGAAUUCCGCAUUUGACCAAAGUAGGUGCUUUUGAGGUGGAUGUGAGUCUAGAAGGCAAUAUUAUUCUGUGCAGGCAGGUUGACCAGCCGGGAAUGAUCGGAACCGUUGGUAGCAUACUUGGUGAAGAGAACGUGAAUGUGAGUUUCAUGAGUGUUGGAAGGAUUGCACCGAGAAAGCAAGCGGUUAUGGCGAUUGGUGUGGAUGAACACCCGAGCAAGUCGGCUUUGAAGAGGAUUGGGGAGAUCCCAGCCGUUGAGGAGUUUGUUUUCCUAGAUUUGUAGUGUUUGGUUUAGAGCCCGGUUUUGGUGAGAUGGUUGUUUUGGUAGGGUGGAAUAAUUUAGGAUUUGUAUUUUUGUUCCGGUUGGUUUGUGUUUUUGUCUUGACAAGAAAUUUUGCACUUGAGUUGUAAUUUCUUGGAAACACAUUGGUAAUAUCAAGUUGGUGUGCUUGGAUAAUA